UAAACAAACCCACCCAAAGCAAGUUCGGCCCAGUUAGGUUUUACACCGUGACGUCAUUUGACAGCUCGUGUGCACUGUUUACAUGGUCUUCGUCGAUUGUCGACGAAUUUCCUCGAACAAAAUCGACGACCGCAUCGAGCUGUGCUAAGUCCAUGUAAACAGUGCACUCCUUUCUAACCUCCAAAUCGAGUCGGCGUAAAACCUAGUUCCGUGCCUCUUUCGGAGCAAUGGGCACCUACUGGACCAACUGCGGCCGCAAAAUCAACGCCAGAAUCGUGCAAAAGUCGCCAAACGUGCUGAACCUGUCGAUCGAAAACACCGAGCUCGUUCAGGAACGUUUGCUCCGGUUGAAGCUGGCCGCGGCCCUGCUCUUUCUGUACGCGUUCCUCAUUCUGGUCCCCACCGGGUGGAACCAGCUGUGGAUUCAUGGGAUUUUUGUGGUUUUGCUGGGGGGUGUUGCCUACAGUUAUACUAAAAUUGUGAAGAAUGAAAACUUAGUUCUAGUCAAAGACUUUGCCCUGCAGUAUUCUACUCAUUUCAUUGGUGGGGGAGCCAAAAACGUACUGAUUCCAAUCAAACACAUUCACGAUGUUGUCAUCAACGAAGUUUUUCAUAAUCUUAAGGUAGUCUUUAGUUUGUCAGUUUUAACCAAAGGAAAUUUAUUUAAGAAUCAACCGAUCGUGACGCUGCUCAAGCACUUAAACCCUCGCGUCGACUGUUUGGAGAUGAUUUACAACGAGUUGCACAACAUUUUGAGCUUGGAGAAUGAUUGAAAGCAAUAAAAAUAGCAUGACAAACCAUUAAAA